AUGCGCCGAAAAUCUACGUUACCUGUUUACCCCAGUUUAGAACGAUUUGAAAUCAUCAAAAAAUUAGGCGAUGGUGCAUUUUCAGAUGUAUAUCGUGCUCGUGAUAAAAGAACAGGAAGAAACGUAGCUAUCAAAGUAGCUCAAAAAUAUGCCAGUGAUGGAUCAAUGGUGGAUCUACAACAUUUACAUCCAAGUAUGAAAAAGAAACCUAGGGUGACGGAGAGAGCCAAUAUACUAAAAGAAGUCCAAAUUAUGCGUAAUAUUCGUCAUCCAAACAUUGUCCAACUUAUCCAAUUCACUGAAUCAAGGGAAAACUAUUUUUUGGUACUUGAAUUGUGUGAAGGUGGCGAAUUGUUCCAUCGAAUUGUUGAUCUGACUUACCUUAGUGAAGAUUUAUCACGACAUGUUAUUGGACAACUAGCACAAGCAGUCUAUCAUUUACAUGAAGAAUGUGGUGUGGUUCAUAGGGAUAUCAAGCCUGAAAACAUUCUAUUUGACCCAAUACCUAUUAUUCCUUCUGAACAACGCAAAUUCCAUGUGUUUGAUGAUCAAUCCAAGAAAGAUGAAGGUGUAUUUAUUAAAGAUGUUGGUGGGGGUGGUAUCGGUCAGGUGAAACUUGCAGAUUUUGGAUUAUCAAAAAUCAUUUGGGACAAGGACACAUUGACUCCAUGUGGUACAGUUGGCUAUACAGCACCUGAAAUUGUCAAGGAUCAACGAUAUUCAAAAGGUGUGGAUUGCUGGGCGAUGGGAUGCGUUUUAUUUACCAUGCUUUGCGGGUUUCCUCCAUUCUAUGAUGAAUCUAUUAGUGCUCUGACUCGUAAAGUUGCUCGUGGAGAAUUCUCUUUCCUCUCUCCGUGGUGGGAUCCAAUCUCUGAUGAAGCCAAGGAUUUGAUUCAAGGUCUCUUAUGUGUAGAUCCAAGAAAACGAUAUACUGUGCGACAGGUUUUACAACAUCCAUGGCUUACUGGAAAAAAGUUGAUAUCUUCUCAAUCUGGUGGACCAUCUUUUGUUGACGAAUGCGAAUCCAUACGAAUACAAGCGAUGCGAAAAGCUGCUGCAUCAUCUACGAUCAAAUCAACUGACAGUCCUCACAAUAUUGAUUCUAUCGACAAUCAACAAACAACAUCACAUAUUUCAUCUACAUCUGAUUUAACAAGUACAACAUCUUCAACAGGACGUAAAGAUGUUUUUUCACCCGGAAUGGCUACUCUCAAGGAAAUAUUGGAUAUCACUGCAGCUGUACAGCGUAUGACGGAAGAACAUACUAAUCACGGGGAAAUGAUCACGGAUGAUCAUGAAGAUCAGCAACGACAAUAUCAUCACAAUAUCAAAACAAAGGAAAAACAACUAUAUAAUGCACAAGCAGCGGCUCAUCAUCAACAAGGUCUGGCUAAAAUCAAGAAGACAGCUGUGACCCCUAUUGUCAUGGCAACUGGUACGAUUCACACGACAAAUGGUCAACGACGACAUCAACCUGGGUUUGAUUUGAAUAUGAACAACGCCACUUUAUUAAAGAAUCGACGUAUGAAGCACCUGGUGAUGCCUUGCCAAUGA